AUGGCUGAUAACGAAAUAAAUGAUGGUUGUUCAGGAUUUUUUGACUUUAGAGAUAAUGAAGAGUCUUCAUUUGAAUCACAAUCAGUCAUAUCUUCUUCAAUUUCUUUUUUAGAAUCGCCUAUUAAUAGUCAACAAAUCAAAAAACCAAAAUUAUCAAAAAAUCAAAGCUUUGUAUGGAAAUAUUUUAAAAAAAUCGAGAAUGAAAAAGCUCAAUGUAUAAUUCCUAUAAUAAAAAAUGGAAAAGAAGAACCAUGCAAUGCAUCUUAUAAAUUCACAGGUUCUACUUCAAACAUGAAAUACCAUUUGAAUGAACAAAAAAUACAACAACCAACAAUCAGUUCAAUGAUUAGUAGAGUAAUACCUCAUGGAAAAUCACAACAGCAUAAGUUGAAUGUUUAUGCCAUUGAGUUUUUUGCAUGGUGUGUCCUGAAUAAUAAAUAUGAUAUUGAUGUUGAUCUCAAAACCUUAGUUCAUACGUAUUUUAAUAAAGUUAAUGGAUUAUCAAGCCAAGAUAUUUGGAAUGUUUAUAAGUUGGAAUUUGAUGUCACUAGAAAGGAUGAUCUGUCUUCAAAAAAUAAAAAUAAAAAAGAUCGUGAAAUUUAUUAUAAUUUCGUAAGGAGUGGAGAUAAGAAAAAUGCAAACGAAACUAAAAACCCGAGUAUGGCACCUCCAGAAGCAACUCAAACAAGUCACAAAAAGGAAUGGCUUGACAAUGAUCCUGUUAUUGAUCAAGAAUAUGCUGACAUCCAAAGAAAUACACCUGGACCUGUGAAAAUGCUCGCUCUUAGUCAUGGACGAUAUGCCAAAGACAUUGAUGAAUUCCGUACAAAUAAGUCUUUAGAAACAACCUUAUUGUUAUCGAGAAUUAUGGCAGAAGCACCCGCUCUCAGUGUACAAAUAGUUCGUGGUUUAAACGAUAGAGUUUACGAGAAACGUAAAGCAGCUGCAUUAGAAAUAGAAAAAUUAAUUAGAACGCAUUUUGCUUCUAAUAAUGUAGAAAAAAUUAAAAGUAUUAUUGAAAAACUCACUCAAGAUUUUGCUUACUCUGCACAUCAAAAUUCACGUAAUGGAGGUCUAAUAGGUUUAGCAGCAGCCGCAAUCGCUUUAGGGCCUGAUGUGGCACCCUAUUUAGAUGAUAUUGCUACGCCAGUUCUUCAUUGCUUUACUGACCAAGAAUCACGCGUAAGAUAUUAUGCGUGUGAAAGCAUGUAUAAUAUUGCAAAGGUUUCUAAAGGCGAGAUUUUGAGAUAUUUUAAUGAGAUUUUUGAUGCAAUGAGUAAGCUAGCCGCAGAUGCUGACUUACCAGUGAAAAAUGGAACAGAACUAUUGGAUAGGUUAAUUAAAGAUAUUGCAGCAGAACAAUCAACCACAUAUGUUUCAGUUUUAGAUGCCCCAAGCCUUGUUUCAAAUGACGAUCAAGAUUUUUCAACGGAUCCAAUGAAUAUCCCAAGAACCACAGCAUUUUCAUUACCAAAAUUUAUUCCAUUGUUGGCUGAACGUAUUCGUGUUAAAAAUCCAUUCACACGAUUGUUUUUAGUUUCAUGGAUUACAGUAUUAGACUCAAUACCAGAUCUUGAAUUGGUUUCUUUUUUACCAGAUUUUUUAGAUGGACUAAUAAAUUUUUUGAGUGAUCCCAAUGAAGCUGUGUGUGUUUCAACUUCCAACGUCUUGGCAAAUUUUUUAACAGAAAUACGUGAAGCUGUUGAGGUUAAAGAACAACAAAAACAACAAGCUAUGAAAAUCUUUUAUGUUGAACAACAACGAAAAUUUGCAAAUUUAUCUGAAAAUAAUAGCGAAACAGGCGAUAGCUUGAAAGAUGGUACUGUUACCAAUAGCAGCGUUGAUGAUGAUAACUCUACUUUGGUUAAAUCAGUUGAUGCUGGUGAUGCCUUUUGGGAUUCUAUAUCUAUAAGUGAGAUGGAGGGUAAAGGUAAAGGAACCUGGGUCCCAGGUCAAAGUGUAGAGAUCAAUUUUACCAGAAUUAUUGAAAUUUUAAUGCCACAUUUAAGUUCCUCAGUUGAACAAAUUCAAGAAACAGCAUUGAAAUGGAUAAAUGAAUUUAUUAAUAUUGCUAAAGAAGUGGUCAUCAGCUUUACACCUCAAUUAAUAAGUGCUGUCUUACCCUCCUUGGCUCAUUCAGUUCCAAAUAUCCUUUCAUACCAAUAUGUAAAAAUUGAUUCAAAUAGUGUUGUAGAUACGUCACCUUUAAUAGAGGAGGAAGUUGAUCCUUUUGAUUAUCGAUCAACAGUUAGAUCAUUGGUGGAUCAAUUUAUUAACAGCCAUGAAGAAACAAGAAUUGCAAGUUUAGAUUUGUUGAUAAUGCUUCAUAAAAAAGCGCCCAAAAAGAUACUUGCUUUUGAUGAUGGGUAUUUUCCAAAUCUAUUGGAACUUCUCUUAGAUCCAUCAGAAGAAGUUGCAAAACGUGAUCUUCAGCUUCUUGCACAAUUAUCUUCAAGUUCUCAAGAUGAAUAUUUUCCAAAGUUUAUGGUUGACUUGUUGAAAUUGUUUGCUACUGAUCGCAAAUUAUUAGAAAACAGAGGAAGUCUAAUUAUUCGGCAUUUAUGUCUGAGUCUUAAUUCAGAAAGGAUAUACAUGAGUUUUGCUGAGAUUUUGGAAAAAGAAGAGGAUAUAGAAUUUGCUUCAAAUAUGGUACAAAAUCUCAACAGUAUACUUAUAACGUCACCAGAACUUUCAGAUUUAAGAAGAAGAUUAAAACACUUGGAGGCAAAGGAUGGACAAAUGUUGUUUACAGCAUUAUAUAAAUCAUGGUGUCAUAAUCCAGUUGCAACAUUUUCACUUUACAAAUACCCACAUUUGGUAAAAUGUUUAUAUGGAUUAUUGAUGUUAUUACCACAAAGUAGUGCAUUUGCAAGUUUAAAAAAUAGGUUGACAAGUGUCAGUUCUAUGGGAUUUUUGCAUUUAAUGCCAAAAAGUCCAAAUGAUUCAAAAAAAUCAAUUAGUAAAUUAUUAUCAUCAAGAGAUGAAGGAAUUAGGUUCCAAGAUUUGUUGACGCAUUUCAAAACGGUUCAAACAAAACAUGAAACAAUUCGUAAACAAGCUCGUACUAUUAAGAAAAGUAAUACUACACGUAGAAGAAGAAAUCAAGAUUAG